AUUUCAUAGCAACCACCACAAGUAAUUGAGUUCCGAUCUUCUUCUAUAUGUUCUUAGGCCCAUUAAUUGCCCAAUGAGAAGGUGGUUUCGGUGCCCAUCGAUUUCCCAGUCCCAACGCGAGGGGCAGAGAUAAACAACACCAUAGACACGGAGGGUUUGCCAUAACAAACAACAGAAAGAAGAAGAAAUGGCAGUACACCGCGACAAUCUACUGGAAGAAGAAGAGAACGAAGAAGACAAUGCUCUCUUUGAGGGAGACGGCUUAGUUGACCAAGAUUCCGACAUUCCUCCUCACCUCCGUGACCUUGCCCGCGCCGCUCAGACCGGUGACGUCGACGCUCUUCGCUAUGCUCUAGAUAACCUGAAUGGCAGCAUUGAUGAACCAGUGGAAGAUGGGGACACGGCUCUCCAUUUGACAUGCCUGUAUGGCUACUGUCCCUGUGUCCAGCUACUCCUGGAAAGGGGAGCAAACUUGGAGGCCAAGGAUGAAGAAGGGGCGAUUCCUUUGCAUGAUGCCUGCGCAGGGGGAUUUACUGAGAUAGUCCAGCUUCUGGUGAACAGUGCUAAUAGUGCAGAGCGUGUGAAAAGGAUGCUAGAGAUAGUUGAUGAUGAGGGUGAUACUCCUCUUCACCAUGCAGCAAGAGGUGAACAUGCCGAUGUUAUUAGAUUGCUGCUGGCUUCUGGUGCCUCCGCCACAACAGCAAACUCUUAUGGAAAGACUCCAAGCGAACUAUCUGAACCAGAUACUGAAGCGCACAGAAUUUUGGAAUCGGCCGGAUGAGCUUCUUCAUGACCAUCUUCAGCUUCCUCGCCCAAACACAAGAUUAUACCUAAUGGUUGUUGGAUGAAACUUUCUUUCGUUGGCUCUGCAUUUUGCAUUUGUUGGCUUCUUUAGAGUCUAGCUACUUAAUCUUGGAACAGCUUCUUGUUGGAGAACCCAUUUCAGAUAAUAACAUUACAAGGCUACCAUCUAAAGCAUUUAAUGUAUGCACUCCUAAGGCAAGUGAUAUAGCUUUAAGUUACCAGAAAGUGACAAUACAUGUAUUUUUGAACAUUACAUGCCUAUCAUGCAAUGUUUUGUUUGGCGAGACACGAGGGAAAGGAAUGGUUGAGGAAAAACUGGAAGUAUCUAUAGUACAUGGAAUAUCAUAUCAAUUCCUGCUGCUUUUAUACUA